CAGGGAUACUGGGAGAGAAGAUACCAUCUUUUAGUUCUGCAACCUGGUGUAGGACAAGUAAUCAUAAAGGGAUUGGAUUAAUACACAAGGCUACCAACCAUCCACCUAAAUGACUCACUGACAUGCAACUGAGCCAGUGAUCAAGCUGUGAAGGGGCCUUGAUCACACACUGGGACUCCAGGUCUGCCCUUCUACUCUAACCCUGCAGCUGGAGGGGCCGUCAGGAACAUGAGCGUGGGGAGAAUCAACCGCUACAGCAUUGUGUCAUCUGAAGAAGAGGGUCUGCGCCUCACUACCAUGCAUGGUAUGAAUGGAUUUGGCAAUGGCAAGAUUCACACACGCCGCAAGUGCCGCAACCGCUUUGUGAAAAAGAAUGGCCAGUGUAAUGUGCAAUUUGCCAACAUGGACGAUAAGUCGCAGCGCUACAUGGCCGACAUCUUCACAACGUGUGUUGAUAUCCGCUGGCGAUGGAUGCUUGUAGUCUUUACUCUUGUGUUUGUUGUGUCUUGGCUGGCCUUUGGCUUAGCUUUUUGGGUUAUAGCUUUGCUGCAUGGAGAUCUGGACAACCCAGCUGGAGAUGACAACUUCACUCCAUGCGUUCUACAGGUCAAUGGAUUUGUGGCUGCCUUUCUAUUCUCCAUUGAAACGCAGUCUACCAUAGGUUAUGGCUACCGCUGUGUGACUGAAGAGUGCCCAGUAGCCGUCUUUAUGGUGGUCUUUCAGUCUAUAGUUGGCUGCAUCAUUGACUGCUUCAUGAUUGGUGCCAUCAUGGCCAAGAUGGCAAGGCCUAAGAAGCGAGCACAAACGCUCUUGUUUAGCCACAAUGCCGUCAUUGCCAUGCGGGAUGGAAAGCUGUGUCUAAUGUGGAGGGUAGGGAAUCUGCGCAAGAGCCACAUUGUUGAGGCCCACGUCAGAGCCCAGCUCAUCAAACCUCGGAUAACUGACGAGGGGGAAUACAUCCCUCUAGACCAGAUAGACAUUAAUGUGGGCUUUGACAAAGGCCUGGAUAGGAUUUUCUUGGUUUCACCUAUCACUAUUCUACAUGAGAUAGAUGAGGAGAGCCCCCUUUUUGGGAUCAGCAAACAGGACUUGGAGACCGCAGACUUUGAGAUAGUUGUCAUCUUGGAGGGAAUGGUUGAAGCAACCGCCAUGACCACCCAGGCUCGCAGCUCCUACUUGGCCUCAGAGAUCCUUUGGGGACACCGGUUUGAGCCUGUGUUGUUUGAGGAGAAGAACCUGUACAAGGUGGAUUACUCUCACUUUCACAAAACUUAUGAGGUGCCGUCCACCCCCCGCUGCAGUGCCAAGGACAUGGUGGAAAACAAGUACCUAGUCCCCAGCUCUAAUUCUUUCUGCUAUGAAAACGAGCUGGCCUUCCUUAAUCGCGACGAUGAAGAAGAGGAUGUAGGUGGUGGAAGCAGAGCACUGGCGAACCUCAGUCCAGACCGAAAUAGCCGACCUGAAUUUGAACGCAUACAGACCACCAGGGUGCUGGAUCAAAGGUCAUAUCGUAGAGAAUCGGAAAUAUGACCUCUACAC